GAAGUGAAAUUGAAGAUAAUGUUGAAUUUGGUUAUGGUUUCAGUUGAUGCAUUAAGGGAGAAGGAAAUUUUACAUUUUAAAUUUAAUUACACAGCUUAAAUUAGAGAUAACAGAUUAGCACUACAAUAUAUUGUGUUAAGAUUAUUAUUGAAUAAAGAUGAAGGAGAUAGAUUAUCUACAGUUUGGUAUGAAUAAGCAGCAACAUAGCUUAUUACUAAUGAUUUACCAGAAAAUUCAACCUUAUUAUCUAUAAUACUAGUUGAAUAAAGGGAAGGAGUUUGAACAUACUUACAUUUAGAUUAUUCAUUAAAGAAUUAUUGGCUGUUGGCAUAAUUGAAGUUUGAU